UCUUUCUUUUAAACUCAAAAUAUUAAAAUGUUUUCCCUAAACUUGACGCGAACCCUCAACUCCUUUAUCUCUCCGGCGACGCAAAUCUCAUAUCUCCGGCAAUCUCCGGCGACGGAAUCCUUAUCUCCGGUUUAAAUUUAUUGCCAAUUGUGGUUGUGAAUUGGUGCCCCAGCUCAAACAACAAUGUCAUCUAUACUUAGAGGGGAGUCCAGGAGGUUCAACAAUAAACAAAGAGCUCGACACCACUUGACGCCUCAGAAGAGACAGGAGAUCAAGGAAGCUUUUGAGUUAUUCGAUACUGAUGGCUCAGGUACUAUUGAUGCUAAGGAGCUGAAUGUUGCCAUGAGGGCCCUUGGAUUUGAGAUGACAGAAGAGCAAAUUGAGCAAAUGAUAGCAGAUGUGGACAAGGAUGGAAGUGGAGCAAUCGACUAUGAUGAAUUUGAGCACAUGAUGACGGCCAAAAUAGGAGAAAGGGACACUAAAGAGGAGCUCAUGAAAGCUUUCCAUAUCAUUGAUCAAGACAAAAAUGGUAAGAUAUCUGUAACAGACAUCAAGCGCAUUGCAAAAGAGCUUGGUGAAAAUUUCACUGAUAGAGAGAUUCAAGUGAUGGUUGAAGAAGCUGACCAAAAUAAUGAUCGAGAGGUUGAUCCGGAGGAAUUCAUAAUGAUGAUGAACCGAACAAGCUUCCGUCACUAGUCAGUCAUAUGUACAUGGAGUAAUCUACCUUUGUUUGGCUUCACUCUAUUUAUAGAAAAAUAAGAUGAAGUUGUACUUGUGCUUUGUGCAAAUUGUAGGAAUGAUGAAUCAAAUGUUAUUUAUUUUGAUAAGAAAUAUUAACCCAAUGUUAUCAGAUUGUGUUAUCUAUGAUCAUUGAUGUAUGCAUUCAAGGUA